AUGUCCAAUAUUAUUAUUCAAAAUGUACGCCGACAACAUGCCAGCGUCAAUACAGUGUAUCAUGCGUUAUAUGGUUAUUAUUUUCUAGGAAUUUCUAAGAAACAGCUCGCCAUCAUCUACGGCAAAUGCUUGUCCACGAUUUGUUCCUGGUUUUCCAAAUACGAGAGAAACGGAUUGUUUCAUCGCAAGCAACGCGAACAAAUUUACAAAAAAUUUACUAUUGACAUGCGCAGCUGGCUGAUUCAAUUAUAUAUGAAAGAACCUAUGUUGUUCCUUGAUGAAGCAAAGCUCCGAUUCCAGCUAAAAUUUCACACCUCUAUUAGUUUAUCUUCAAUUUGUGCCAUAUUGCAUGAGUUCGGACUUACGCGCAAGACAAUUGAACGCCGCGCCAUCCAAAUUCGCGACGAAGAGAUCGUUCGAUUUGUCAAGGAAAUGAUGUCGAUAAAGUGGGAUAUUUAUAACCUGGUUUUUUUAGAUGAAGUCAGCUUUGAUAGUCGUGAUAUGCUACGCCGGAAGGGGUAUGGAGUAAUUGGCCAAAAAGUUGUAUAUCGUGGUGAGUUUUGUCGCAAGCCUCGCGUAUCGUUUCUCUGUUUUCUGGGUAUGAGUGGAAUAUUAGAUAGCUUUUGGACUCAAGGAACAUUCACCAGAGCAAAGUUUUUUGAAUGUUGCAGAGACUUCGCUCUCCACAAUAAGCAAGUUCAACGCUAUCCCGGAUUCCAUUCGAUCUGGAUAAUGGAUGGAGCAAGGAUUCAUUGUGAUCCUAACUUGAUAAGAUACCUACGGUCAAUUGGCAUUAUCCCAAUAUUUCUUCCGGCGUACUGCCCAUUCUUCAACCCUAUAGAAGUAAUCUUUGGGUUAAUAAAGAAAGACCUCAUUAGAAAUAGACCUGAACAUUCUUCAAUCCUGCAUGAAGUUUGCGAAUCGAUUAAUCGAUUUAAAAUUUAUCUGUGUACAAACAUAUUUGAGCAUUCCGGAUAUUUUGCAGGGGGAACGUUUUUACCUGAAAAGGGUCUUGACCAAGAUAUAAACAGUUUGGAUUUUAUUAUCGAUAAUAAAAAUUAA